AUGGUGCAUCGAAACGGCACACAGGAGUCUGAUCAAGGCAAGUCAAACUAUCCUACUAUUUUUCAGACAAUGAGCAACGAUAAUUUCAUCCGGGACCUCCCUAUCGUGUGGAAGGCCACCUCUGCCAAGUCAACCUACGAGCAAGCGAGAAUUGGCAGAGUUUUCAAUUAUCGUCGACCAGACCGCUACCCAGUAGCUGUGGUUGAGGCAGAAACUAUCGAACAUGUCAUACAAGCAGUCAAACUGGCCAAGAAACAUAACUAUCGUGUAUCUGUUCGUUCUGGAGGCCACUCGUGGGCGGUUUGGAGUGUGCGCGACGAUGCUGUGCUAGUUGAUCUGGGAAAGAUGAAGCAUAUGUCUCUCGAUGCUAAGAAUAAAACAGUGGCUGUGUCGCCAAGUACGACUGGGAAAAUGUUGAAUAGCUAUUUACUCAAGGAAGGGCUCAUGUUUCCUGGUGGACAUUGCCCCGAUGUCGGUCUUGGUGGGUUUUUACUGCAAGGCGGAAUGGGAUGGAAUUGCAAGAACUGGGGCUGGGCAUGCGAGCAUAUCCUUGCUAUUGAUGUUGUCACGGCUGAGGGUGAGCUGAUCCGAGCGGACAGCGAGAGCCAUCGGGACCUGUUCUGGGCCGCUCGCGGCGCGGGGCCAGGUUUUCCUGGAGUCGUCGUCCGUUUCCAUUUGAAAGUGCGCGAAUCAUACAAAUCUAUGUAUUCCUCGACGUUCACAUACCCAAUUGAAAAGUACAGGGAGGUACUACAGUGGCUCAUUCAAGAUGGUGCGGAAUACGACCCAGACACGGAAAUAGUCGCUAUUGCAGCGGUGCCACCUGAGAUUGGUUUUCGUUGUGUUGUAGCUCUAUUCGUCGUCUUCAAGCAUACAGAGCUUGAGGCGAAAAAGGCAUUAGAGCCAGCAAACAAGAGCCGACCGGAAGGCUUCGUUGUCGAAGCCCCCAGUGUCCCAACUUCCCUGGCAGAUCAAUACCUCAACCAAGCAGCUGCCAACCCGGAGAGACAUAGAUAUUGUGUGCAGAAUGCUUACAUUAGCAACGAUGCAGAUGUGGUCUCCAUUCUUGAGGCUUCAUUCACCACGAUACCAAAUUCGAAGAGCUUUACGAUCUGGUACGCCAUGAAUCCAUGCAGCAGGAGGCCGCUGCGAGACGACAUGGCUGUAAGUAUGCAAACAGACCAUUAUAUGGCCACAUACGCGUUAUGGGAAGACCCAGAUGAUGACGAUGCGAUGCAAAAAUGGGUCAAGGACAUCAUGGGAGGCGUCGUAGGAUCGAGUCAGGUUGAAGGGGCAUACCUGGGAGACGCUGAUUUCCAGGAGAGGCAAGCAAAGUUCUGGAGUACACAGAAUGCUCUGAAGCUGGCGGAGGUGCGAAAGAAGAAUGACCCCGCUGGCAGAAUCUGCGGAUAUCUGGACCGAGGUGAUGUUUCGGGUUUGAAUGGUCUUUCAAAUGAAGAACACUUCUGCUAG